CUCUAUGCAACAUUUGAACCACCUCUCUAAAUUGCAUGUUCUCUGAUAAUAAACGCUCUAAAUCCCAGGACUCCUCAAUCUCACUACUCCAUCAAUGGAAAGAACUGAUUCCUCCACAGGAGGUGCGGGCGGUGGUGGUGGCCGCGGCUCGCAACAACCAAACCUUCCACCGGGGUUCCGGUUCCACCCCACUGAUGAAGAGCUAGUGGUUCACUACCUCAAGAAAAAGACCACUUCUGCCCCUCUCCCUGUGGCGAUUAUCGCAGAAGUUGAUCUUUACAAGUUUGAUCCAUGGGAAUUACCAGCUAAGGCCACUUUUGGUGAACAAGAAUGGUACUUUUUUAGUCCGAGAGACCGGAAGUACCCGAAUGGAGCUAGGCCAAACAGGGCAGCAACUUCAGGGUAUUGGAAGGCUACAGGAACUGAUAAGCCAGUAUUAUCUUCAGGAGGUACACAAAAGGUUGGGGUUAAGAAAGCACUAGUCUUCUAUGGUGGUAAACCUCCUAAAGGGAUCAAAACCAAUUGGAUCAUGCAUGAAUACCGGUUAGCUGAUAACAAAGUCAAUAACAAGCCACCAGGAUGUGACUUGGGAAACAAGAAAAACUCUUUAAGGCUUGAUGAUUGGGUGUUAUGUCGGAUAUACAAGAAAAACAACACACAGAGACCACUGGGUCAUGAUAAAGAUGAUUCCAUGGAUGAUGUGCUUGGAUCAAUACCGCCUUCGAUAUCAGUUGGAAGCCAUCAGAAUGGAACACUGCAUCUUGCAAAAGGAACAAACUUCGGGGCAUUGCUUGACAAUGACCAGAAUUUAUUCGAAGGAAUAAUCAGCAGCAGUGAUGGUAUCAGAAGCAGCAGUUCUUCUUUGUCUCACAUGGCCUCUUCAGUAUCCAAGCGAGACCUACUUAUGCUUCCACCCAAAAGAACACUCCCAUCACUAUAUUGGACCGGCGAGGACAUGGUUGGCCCUUCAUCAAGUAAGAGAUUUCAAGGGGGUAUUAAUGGUGAUGAAAUUGUUGUGAGGACCGAUGGGAAUAGUUCCGUAGCCACCCUGCUCGGUGAACUUCCACAGACACCUCAAUUGCACCAACAGACAAUGUUGGGAUCUAUGGCAGAUGGGAUUUUUAGGCCACCAUAUCAAAUUCCAAGCAUGAAUUGGUACUCUUAAAUUAAAAUUAGUCUUAAUUCAUUGGUCUAUGCAUAUAUUAUAUUUAGGCCUAUGAAUACAUUCCUGGUGGGUAAUUUGAAGCAGUCAAAUGAUGAUCACGGUAUAUACUUGUUUGUAUAUACGAUCGCGAUUAAUUAGUAGUAGUAUCAGCUUCCCAUUGGGGUAUUGAUCAGAUUUUGAUUGUUACGAAGAGAUUAGAGAGUCAUUUAAUGGCCUCCAGUUUCUCCAAAUUAAUGACACAUGUAGCUGCCAAUUUGAAGCGAGGCCAUAUAUAUAUAUAUAUAUAUAUAUAUAUAUAUAUAUAAAGACAUAUAUAGUUGCAUAUAUAUUCUAUACUUGUUUGGUUUUCGAAUAUUGUUGUUAGGGAAGCGAAGAAAAAUUGGAGGUGGGAUCCUGAUAUUGUAGAAAAAUAAAAUUGUUAAGUGAUAUAUAUAUUGCUUUAGGAUAAGAUAGAUUAAACCUUGUAUGUACAACAGUAUAUAUAUUCUUACUGGAAGUUGCUUAAUUAUCCCAAAAACAUCACUACUGUUUAUCGUUUGCCUUUGUGUAUAUUAAUUUGUGUUCAUCUGGGUGAUCAUUUAAUAAGAUUGUGCUAUGAGUUGUUUUCGUUGUUCAA